UCUCAAGUCUCAAAAAUUUUGGUUCACCUUCCAAUAAAUUAGAAAAUUACUAGCAGUAAUAGCAAAGAAUUAUUUUGAUUAUCCACUGUGUUCAAGCUAUCAACUCAUAGAGCCCAAUAACAAGAAUGGCAUACAACCCAGGUCAAACGGGUUACGGACAACCGGGCCAACCUGGCUAUGGACAACAGGGUUACGGGCAACCCGGACAACAGGGUUACGGGCAACCCGGACAACAGGGUUACGGGCAGCCUGGACAACUGGGUUACGGAGGACAACCACAAGGCGGUGGACUCGAAAUGGGCCACGGUCCAUAUCCAUCAAUUGGGGCGGGAGGAACCAUCUCCCCACAAGUACAACAAUGGUUCCAAGCUGUAGAUAAAGACCGAUCUGGAUUUAUCACGGCUCCCGAACUAAAAGCUGCGCUUGUAAAUGCACAAGGCCAGACAUUUUCAGAAACGGCGUGCAACUUGAUGAUUGGAAUGUUCGAUAAGGAUCGUUCCGGCCAUAUCAACGUUGAAGAGUUUGACAAGUUGUACACCUACAUCAACCAGUGGCUGGCGGUUUUCAAAACAUAUGACACUGAUCAAUCUGGACAAAUCGAUGAACAAGAACUCUCUAAGGCUUUGACCCAAAUGGGUUUUCGGUUCACACCAGAAUUUAUCGGGUUUUUAUCUAAGAGAUCUAAAGAAGGAAAGAUAUCAGUGGACCAUUUCAUAGUGUUAUGUGUGCAAAUACAACGUUUCACUGAAGCAUUUAGAGUGCGCGAUACCCAAAAAAACGGAACCGUGACUAUUGGCUUCGAAGAUUUUUUAAACGUAGCUCUAAGUUGCUCUAUCUGAAAGAAAAUAUAAUUAAAUAUAUAAGAUGGAGUCACAUUCCUGCAAUGCUUUUAUGACACUAAUGCAUAAAUAAAUAAAUAAAUGCAAUAUAAUGCCCAUUUUUUGUGGAGAAAUCUCAGCCAUGUCCAACACCCACUGAUGAUCUUCAAAUGUAUCACAAAAUACCUACAAAGAGGUAAGGCCUACAAGUUUCAUGAGUACCUGUUAAUAUAAUUCAGUUCUAUCAUUUGCCUAUUUAUUGUUACCAUUCUGUGUUGAUUAGGUACACAGGCUAAUCUAAGCCAAGUUAUUCAGACAGGUGUUGUGUAAUUUUAUAAGUAAACAACACUAUUUUUUAUACAAUCAUAAUAGAUAAAUAAAAUAUGCUUAUUAAAAUA